AAUGCGGCGUGUGUGCGGUAUCUCCUCUGGUUACGCGGUAUCGGCAGUAAUUAGGAUGGUUUCGCUUUCCACUCAUUGGCCGCGUCCUUCUAGGCGUCUAGUUUUCCUUCCAGUCCAUGAGCAAUCGGAAGCUUGUUGCUCUGUCGGAAGGUUUUCAAUGCCUAUCACGCGUAUCAGCUGCUGUGUUGAGUGGUUAUAUCAUCCAGCUCACGUGCUGCCUGCGAUAAGAAUGUAGAACGUGGCGCCACGUACGGUGUGUAAACUGUAGUGACGGGCAUACACCAUCAAGACGUGUAGGUUUGUUACAUGGUGCGUAGGGGUAAUCGAUCGCCACCAAAGACAUGGCCAUGGGGACCGACCGCGUGCAACAACAGUGCCUUGUAGCAACGGCGCUCCUUUUGAUGAAUUGCCCUCUGCUGUUCGCAAUUCACCUGUCGGAACGUUACUGUAGUGCGUUCCCUCUUGUCGUGAAUACCUGGGGAUUCUCCAACGCUACACUGCGAGCGUGGGAAGUGCUGACCGUAGAGAACGGGACAGCGCUGGAUGCCGUGGAGCAGGGCUGCUCGCAGUGCGAGAGGGACCAGUGCGAUGGCACAGUGGGCUAUGGUGGCAGCCCGGAUGAAGACGGCGAGACAACCUUGGAUGCGCUCAUCAUUGAUGGCCCCAGCUACUCGAUGGGGGCUGUGGGUGACUUGCGCCGGGUGAAGCAUGCCAUCUCCGUGGCACGAGCAGUCAUGGAGCGCUCGACUCAUACGUUCCUCGUUGGCGAGAAAGCCACCCAGUUUGCGGUUGAGAUGGGCUUCCAGGAAGAGUCGCUCGCGACAAACCACUCCAAGCAGAUGUGGACUGAAUGGAAGGCCAACAACUGUCAGCCAAACUACCGCCAGAAUGUGGUUCCAGAUCCACGGACGAGUUGUGGUCCGUACCAGCCAGCAGAGCAGCUGUCUGUAGACAGGGAUGCCUGCCCAUCUGCAGCCAGUGAGCAUAACCACGACACCAUUGGCAUGGUGGUCAUCGAUGCCAACAAGAGGCUAGCAGCAGGCACCUCCACAAAUGGCAUGAACCACAAGAUCCCUGGCCGUAUCGGAGACUCGCCCAUCCCUGGUGCAGGUGCCUACGCUGACCAGGAAGUGGGCGGGGCUGCAGCCACUGGCGAUGGUGAUAUCCUCAUGCGCUACUUGCCGAGCUUUCAUGCAGUGGAGAGCAUGAGGCGUGGCAUUGACCCCCAGACUGCGAGUGUGGCCGCCCUCCAUCUCAUAGUGCGGCACCAUCCAAAGUUUGUUGGUGCACUGGUGGCUGUCAGCAUCGAUGGGACUUACGGUGCAGCUUGCCAUGGCAUCCCAUCAUUUCCUUACUCAGUGGCAAAGCCAGAAUACGGCACUGCUGUGGUGGAACAUGUCAAGUGCACCAACUAAGUUUGUUCAGAACCAGCAAGAAAAUUUUCAUCCCAACUGAACCACCGCAAGCAAAAGCUUCAAAGCACUGACAUCUCAUUUCUGCAGUAAGAGGACACCUUAUUUCGACGUGGUAUGGCGAUUCAGACAAACCUGCUCGCACGACUAAGUCACAUCUAACAGACUUGACAAGCUGAUGUGGCCAGCAGCUUUCAAGACAAUGCAGCAAGAUUCACACAUUACUUGUCAUGAACAUUCGAUGUGUGUGUGUUUGUGUGCACAGAGACAUUGCUGCAGACUCACAAGAUUUAUAAAUGCCAAGCAGUUCUCUGUUUGCUUAAAUAAAAGAACAAGUGUGUAUUAUAUA